AUGGCGUGUGCUACCCUUUCGUUGCUAGACCACCUAUUGAUCACUGUAUUGCUCGUCCUCGCUCGCGACAUUAUCACAGCCGGUGUUGUCAUAGCUCCACCUCCCACUCCUCUACCUCUUCCAUGGCUACGUGCACCCUCUCCGACUCCUCGUCCUCCAGGUCUUGGGGCCCCUGCUCGCACUCCUCUUCUUCCUCCCCCUCGGACAGGCACCCCGCCUCUAACUCCUCUUCCUCGUCCAUGGUUGGAGGCACCUUCUCCAGCUCGUGUUCCUCCACGGCUAGGAGCACCCUCUCGUACUCCUAUUCUUCCUUCUCCUAAGCCCCCUCGCACUCCUAUUGUUCCACCCCCUCAAAAGCGCACUCCACCUUCUAGUCCUCCACCAUGGUUAGGGGCACCACUUCCGUCUUCUCUGUUUCCUCCCCCUCCACUUCCUCCACCACGUUUGGGGACACCCCUUCCAACUCCUCUUCUACCUCCUCCUCAAUAUGCGGCUGAUCCUCCUCCUCCACCACCUAUGGGUGGACCCAAAGUGCCAGCUCUGAUUGCGUUUGGAGAUUCAAUCGUGGACACCGGCAACAAUAACUACCUGACAACUGUUGUCAAGGCCAACUUCCCGCCUUACGGCAGGGAGUACCCUGGCCACAAGGCCACCGGCAGGUUCUCCGACGGCAAGAUCACCGUGGACUUUCUAGCGUCUGCGUUUGGGUUGAAGGAGACGCUCCCGCCAUACCUGAACAAGAACCUCACCCUGGAGGACCUCAAGACCGGCGUCAGCUUCGCGUCGGCGGGGAGCGGCUACAACAACGCCACGUGCCGGACGUCGUCCACCAUGACGAUCGAGCGGCAGCUGCAGCUGUUCGCCGAGUACAAGGCGAAGGUGGGGACCAUCUCCGAGAGGGCCCUCUUCGUGGUCUGCUCCGGCAGCAACGACAUCGUGGAGCACUUCACCUUCGCCGACAGUAUGACCUCGCCGGAGUACGCCGAAAUGAUGGCCCGGAGGGCAAUCGGCUUGGUCGAGGCGCUGAUCGGCCAGGGCGCGCGGCAGAUCGCGCUGACCGGGGCACCGCCGGUGGGUUGCGUGCCCUCGCAGCGGCGCAUGGCCGGCGGGGUCCGGACGCAGUGCGCCACGGACCGCAACCAGCUGGCGCUCUUGUUCAACCGGAAGCUGAGCCUGGAGGUGGCCAAGCUGUCCGGAAAGUACCGCGGCGUCAACAUCUUCUACGUCGACCUCUACUCCAUCGUCGCCGACGUGGUCCAGCGCUACCAGGCCCUCGGGUUCAAGGACGGCAAGGACGCCUGCUGCGGCUACGUCGGCCUGGCGGUGGGCCCGCUGUGCAACGUCGGCAGCCGUACCUGUCCGGACCCCUCCAAGUACGUGUUCUGGGACAGCUACCACCCCACCGAGAGGGCGUACAAGAUCAUGAUUGAUGACUUCCUUAGAAGAUACACCAGAUACAUACACUAG